AUGGUCUCUUUCACUCUUUCUCUCCCUCGAGGUCUUGCGCUGCUUUGCGCGGUGGUGAGAACAGUGUGGGCUGAUCAAGCCAUCACCGCGACAGGGACGAAAUUCACCCUGACGGGUGACGAUGUCUCCUAUCUCUUUCACGUGGACAAUACCACCGGAGAUUUGGUAUCUGACCACUUCGGCGGUCCCUCCGAAGGCUUCUUGCAGCCGUCGACAUUAUUCCAAGGCGGAUGGUCGGACGGCUUUACCAAUACUCGCCGGGAGUUUCCCGACAUUGGUCGCAGCGAUUUCCGCCUCCCGGCCAUCCACAUCCUGCAUUCCACAGGCGACACUGUCUCCGCAUUCACUUAUCGAUCGCAUCGCAUCGUGGAAGGCAAACCUUCGCUUCCAGGCUUACCUGCGACCUAUGGUAACGCCAGCGAUGUGACUACCCUGAUCGUCAAUCUGUACGACAAUUACUCCGAUGUCUCGGCGGCGCUGUCUUAUUCGAUCUUUCCCAAGUACAAUGCCAUCGCGAGGAGCUUUCAGAUCGCCAACAAUGGUACAGGAGAGAUUGUCAUUGAACGAGCAGCGAGCUUCAGCGUGGACUUGCCCAAUCUUGAUCUUCAGAUGCUCGAGCUGCAGGGAGAUUGGGCGCAUGAGAUGAACCGCGUGAUUCGCAACGUGGACUUUGGCGAGACCAGCUUCCGGAGCACAGAGGGUUACUCUUCUCACGUGCACAACCCCUUCUUCGCGUUGAUGCCACCCAGCACGACCGAGACUACAGGUGAAGCAUGGGGCUUCAACCUCGUUUUCACUGGCAGCUUUGCUGCGACUGCCGAGCGUUUCUCACAUGGCUUCGUCCGAGUCCUCCUGGGAAUGAACCCCCUACAUAGCAGCAUUCACGUCAAGCCAGGCGAAACCUUCACGGCCCCCGAAGCCGUCGCCGUCUAUUCCUCGCAAGGCCUGGGCGGCAUGUCGCGGUCGUUCCACGAUUUGUACAAAAAUCACCUGUCGCGUGCAAGUCAAACUUGGCAAACUCGCCCAAUCCUGCUGAAUUCUUGGGAAGGACUAGGCUUCGAUAUCAACGAGACUGCUCUGGUCAGACUUGCAGGCGAAGCUCGUGAUCUGGGUGUCAAGCUCUUCGUCAAUGAUGAUGGCUGGUUCGGUGACAAGUACCCUCGCAACAACGACUCGCUUGGUCUUGGAGACUGGACGCCCAACCCGGAGAAAUUCCCCGAUGGUCUUGGACCGUAUGUCUCGCAGGUCGACAAUUACACUGUUUUGAACUCGAAUGAGAAAAUGCAAUUUGGCAUUUGGGUGGAGCCCGAGAUGGUGAACCCGCGCUCGACGCUGUACAAUGAACAUCCGGAGUGGGUUAUGGCUGCUGGGAAUCACUACAGGACUCUGACUCGGAAUCAACUCGUGCUCAAUCUUGGCCUGCCGGAAGUGCAGGAUUACAUUAUUGGAUUCGUGACGAAUCUUCUCCGCUCUGCUAACAUUCAAUAUGUGAAGUGGGACAACAACCGUGGCAUCCACGAGAUGCCUUCUCCGUCAGCAGAUUACACCUACAUGCUCGGUCUCUACCGGGUCAUUGAUAACCUCACCACCACGUUCCCCAACGUCCUCUGGGAGGGCUGUGCAAGCGGUGGCGGUCGAUUCGAUGCAGGCCUCCUCCACUAUUGGCCCCAAUCCUGGACAUCAGAUAACACCGAUGCCUCCAAUCGCUUGACGAUCCAAAUGGGUACAUCGCUGGCGUACCCGCCCUCAGCCAUGGGCUGCCAUGUAUCAGCUGUGCCAAAUGGCAUCACCAAGCGCAACAUCUCCAUCGAAUACCGUGCACAUGUCGCCAUGAUGUGCGGCUCCUUCGGUUUCGAGCUGAAUCCCAAUGAAUUAAGCGACGAAGAGAAAGCAGGGAUUCCCAAGAUCAUGACCGAAGCAGCAAAAGUCAACCCUAUUGUAAUCUCGGGCUCUUUCUAUCGACUCGCGUUGCCUGACAACUCGAACUGGCCGGCUGUGCAAUUCGUGUCGCAGAAUGGCACGCAGUCCUUCGCUCUGGCCUUCCAACAGCAGGCGACUGUGAAGCCUGCGCCGCCACCACUGCGAUUCCAGGGCCUCGAUGCCCGCGCGCGAUACUCGAACAGUGUGGAUAAUGCAACUUACUCCGGUGCGACGUAUAUGAACGCCGGGUUGAAUUUGCCGUGGCAGACUGCAGACUAUCAGAGUAUGCUCAUUUGGUUGUACAAGCAAUAG